CCUCAUUCCUUCCGUCUCUCUUUUUCAUUCUCUCUCACUUGCUCAGUGUGAGACUCCAAGAAAAUGGCUGAGGCUGGUAUUUCAACAGAUCAGGAUCGGUUCAGCUGUCCAGAGUGUCAGGAACUCCUGAAGGAUCCUGUAACGACUCCAUGUGGCCACAACUUCUGUAAGGUGUGUAUUAAUGACUUCUGGGAUAAAGAAGAUCAGAGUGGGGUUUACAGCUGCCCCCACUGUAAAGUGACUCACAAUACAAGGCCUGAAUUAUGCAGGAACAACAAGCUGGCUGAAGUGGUGGAGGAUCUGAAGAAACUCCAAGCUGCUUCUCCUGCUCACUGUUACGCUGAAGAUGUGGAGUGUGAUUCCUGCAUAGGGAGAAAACGCAAAGCUGUUAAUUACUGUCUGGUUUGUCAGGCUUCCUAUUGUGAAGAUCAUCUUCAACCUCACUAUCAGUCUCCUGCCUUUAAGAAGCACAAGUUAGUCGAAACUGGGGCAGAGCUCCAGAAGAGUCUCUGUUUUCAGCAUCACAAACUGAUGGAGAUCUACUGUCGUACUGACCAAAGCCUCAUCUGUUACUUGUGUACGAUGGAAAAACACAAAGGUCAUGAUACAGUUUCAACUAAAACAGAAAGAACUAAAAAACAGAAUGAGCUAAAGGAGGAGCAGGUGAAAUCCCAGCAGAGGAUCCAGGAGAAGGAGAAGAAGCUGCAGGAGCUGAAACAGGCUGUGGACAUUAUUAAGAAGCGUUCACAGGCAGCAUUAGAUGACAGUGAGAGGAUCUUUACUGAGCUGAUCAGCUCCAUGGAGAAAAAGCGCUCGGAGGUGACGGAGCUGAUCAGAGCUGAAAUGAAUCAAGGUGAACGACUCCUGAAUCAACUGGAGAAGGAGAUUGCUGAUCUAAAGAGGAGAGUCACUGAAAUGGAGCAGCUUUCACACACACACAAUAACAUCCACUUCCUCCAGAGUUUCCCGUCUCUCUGUGUUUCUCCUGGAUGUGACGACUCACUCAGCUUCACUGUCAAUCAACAUCUCUCAUUUGAUGGAGUGAUGGAAGCUCUCUCAGAUCUGAAAAAACGAGUCGAGCAAAUCUGUGAGGAGAAAUUCAACAAAAUCCAACCAGAAGCUACAGCAGCACAGAAGAUUUUACCCUCAGGACCAAAGAUCAACAAACACAAUCUGCAAUAUGUGAAAAAAAAAGUUGAGGAAGUCUUAUUGCUGAAACUUCGUCAACGAGCUGUAGCAGUGCAGACCAUUUUACCCUCAGAACCAAAGAGCAGAGAAGAUUUUCUGCAGUAUUUCUGUUAUCUGACUCUGGAUUCAAACACAGCACAUCCUGAACUCAUUCUGUCUGAGAAGAACAGAGUGGUGACACGGAGUGAGACACAACAGCGAUACUCUGAUCAUCCAGAGAGAUUUGACUCCUGGCCUCAGGUGUUGUGUAAGGAGAGUGUGUGUGGACGCUGUUACUGGGAGGUGGAGAGCAGAGGUGUUGUGUCCAUAUCAGUCUCAUAUAAAGAGAUCAGCAGGAAAGUAGAAGGCUAUGAGUGUGUGUUUGGAUACAACAGUCAGUCCUGGAGUCUGCAGUGUUCUUCUUUUUCUGUCUCUUUCUGGCACAACGACAUUAAGACUGAGCUCAGAGGUCCAUCAUCCUCCAGAAUAGGAGUGUAUGUGGAUCACAGUGCAGGAACUCUGUCCUUCUACAGCGUCUCUGAUGUGAUGAGGCUCCUUCACAGAGUCCACACCACAUUCACUCACCCUCUAUACCCUGGAUUCUGGAUACGGAGCUAUGAUUCACAUAUUUCUUUGUGUGAUCCAAAAUAAGAUGUUCAUACUGUAAGUGAAAUUAUAUCUACAAACUACAGCUACAGUGGAAUUGUUGUGUCCAGAAUCUUUAACAUUUAACAAUUAGAAUUAGAUUUCUAUUAACAAAUAAGUUACAUAAAUAAUGUAAGGGAUGUUUGUAGAACAAAGAAAUGUUAUUAAGCAGAGUCCCUUUACAAGAGUUAUUAUACUGAUAUGUAAAAUGUAUGAAAAAAAUGUGGGUUUCUUUUGCGUUUCUUUGUGAAUAAUAAAACUCUCAAACUGCUGCAUUCUCAAAAUGCCAGUAGACUUUAAAUUA